AUGACGACAGUCUUGGGGAAACGCAAAUCUCGCGCUUCCGUGACCCCCAAAGCAGCGGCCCCGGCAGCGAAACCAACAAUCUCUGAAGAGGAAGCUCGGGAGAUCUUCAGGCGGCAUUUCGAGGCACAAUUUGCACCGCUAUCUGAUAACACGACAAAACAAGCAGCAGGGAAGAAGUCAAAUGGAAAGUCUCGAGAAAAGGUGAAAAAGUCAGACGAGGCAGAAGACGAGGAUGUAGAAGACAUGCGAUCCUCGGAUGAGGACGACGAUGACGAUGACGAUGCUCAGGAGGGCGAUUGGGAUGGUCUUUCCGGCUCCGAUGACGAGAAUGACGAAGACGACAGAGACGACGAACCAGAAGAAGCCAACAAGAUAGAGGUGGUGGACUAUACGCAAUCCAACACACCAAAGGCCAACCCCCUGGCCGCGGCGCUGGCAAGGCGCGAAGCCAAAGCGUACCUCUCGUCCAAAGUUCCUCUCGCCUCAGUAGGCGGCAGCGACACCGGAACCACGACCAAGACGAAACAAAAGACCAAGACCCCGACGGAAGAAGACUCUGCGGACCUGGUGCGCAACGAUCUGGCCCUGCAGCGGUUGCUGUCCGAAUCCCACCUGUUCAACCCAACCAAUCGGUCCGGAUCGCUCAUUGGUUCGACCGUGAAUACGGAGCACAGCGGCCGCAAUCGCCACCUGGCCACCGACAUGCGCGUGGCGGCCCUGAGCGGCGGCGGCGGCGGCAAGGGGGCCGCCUCCAUCUACAAGCAGGACAAGAUGCCCAUGAGCCACCGCAAGGGCAUCGAGGGCGCGCGCCGGGACCGCGAGUCCAAGAGGCGCCGCGAGGCCAAGGAGAAUGGCAUCAUUCUCGAAAAGGAGUCCAGCGGCAAAAAGUCUUCUGUCGGCGGCGGCGGCGGCGGCGGCAGAAGGAGGGAGAGGGCUGUUGAUGCACCCGCCGUCGGCAAGAUGAGAGGAGGUAUGCUCAGACUCAGCAAGCGCGACGUUGCCGAGAUCAAUGGACCUGUACGCAGCGGCGGCAAGAUGAAGAAGCGCCGGAGGUGA